CGGCAUUAUUAAUCAUUCUACGACGAGGAGAGCUCACCAUCUACUAGCAGAAAUCCGACUUUUAGAUCGUUGGAAGAUUCCUUAAAACCACCUAAAGCAUUAACAGUCUCGCCCCAGAGAAGCCAUGUAUACCCACACUCAAUUCAUGGUGAUAGUGUGGACACUAUGGUCGCUGGGAUUGACAACGACAAUAGCUCGUGUUAUCCUACGUCUCAGAGUCCAACACAGAUUCCAGGCUGAGGAUUACUUUGCAAUCGUUGCCUUCGUUUUCCUCACGGGCUUGACAGCCGUGGUGACAACUGCUGCACCAAUCUUUGAGAUGACCCGAGCAUACUUGCUUGCAGCAGCAGUAAAUCCGUUGACUCCGCUCCCAUUGCCACUCCCGGAGUUCACUGCUCGCACAAUCACCGCAUUGAAGUUGAUGUUUGCGCAAAUGCUCCUGUUCUGGUCGACGCUUUGGGCUGGAAAGUUUUCACUUUUGGUCUUCUUUCGUCAAAUGGUUGUUGGGAUCCCAAAGUACAUGCAUGUAUGGUGGGGAGUCUUCACCCUGGUUCUACUCACAUACCUCGGAUGCAUGCUGUCAAACUUCUUGACCUGUGUUCCUCUGCAAAAGUACUGGAGCGCAUCUGGAUGCUCGGCACCUGGAGAUCUGAAGCGCUCUGACGCAAGUAUAAAAUUCGCUACUGGCGCGGAUAUUGUGGCCGACUUGUUGAUUAUGUUGUUACCACUCCGUCUUCUUUUGACACUGCGAAUCUCACUCAAGCAAAAGCUCGGCCUCUCUUGCCUCUUUUCUCUCGGCAUCAUUGUCGUAGUAUUUGCCUUCAUUCGCUUGUCCAAAGUCACCAAAGCCACCGCCGAAUCGAAGACGGACCCAACAACGAUGGCCGACGCGCCCAUCAUACUUUCCCUAUGGUCAACAAUCGAAGCAGCGGUUGCUGUCGUCGUGGCCAAUUUACCUGCUUUCCGGUCGAUAAUUCGGAAUAGAGGCAAUCCCGGGAUCUCGGAUUCAAAGAGAGAGCGAAGCACUGGUUAUCCGACUACGGUGGGAACAAAAGUGAAUACUAGUCGAGCUGCUAUUAUGAGGCGGGAUGUUGAGCUGGAGAGUCUACAUUCGUUUGAGGAUGAGAUUGGUGGGAAGUCGAAGGUGAGAGUGGGGGAUAUUGAAAGGGCAGGAGAGGGGGAUAUCGUGAUGAUGAAGCACGUAUCCGUUGAGUCAAGACAGCGUCUCGAGGGAGCCACUUCCGAGAGGCCGCACUCUACACUUAGUCUACCUUUGGCGUGAAAUGGACACGAAAUUAAAAAUAUGCUGGAAUGGCCAUAUUGCGUCGGGCGACAAUACGAGCGAGAUCCUUUUCCUCUAGAGUAAGAUUCCGGAUUUCGCCGAACUACUCAAAUCACGUUUUCGAUGGACGACCCUAAGGAGAUGGUUAGAUAGCUACCGAAUGGUUUCGUGUGAUAGGGAAAGCCCGGUAGGUAGGAAGCCAACUUCAGGCAUUUGGAAAGCUCCGUGAAAAGGCCAUGCUGGGGAGUUUGAGGAGAGUGAACGGACUCAAGUUAACGAAAAUGAAGCGGUGGCGGACUGACGGAUUAGCACAGUCUGGAGCCCAGAAAGAACAUCGCUGUUGAUAGAAAGAGAGAGUUUAAUGAGUUUGAGAAUAGGCGCGACGAGUCCAUGCCUAGGAGCGGAAAUUGUGUAGUUGCUAUAGCACAUGUAGACAGAUCUUGAUGGUCUAAGCGCUUCAUAGCUUUAAUAAAACGCU